UUGGUCAGGUGAAUAGCUGCAAGUUGGCAGGAAGAGCUACAGAGCGGGGAUACAUGAUGAUGUCAACACGACAGUGAUCUUUUCGGUCUGGCAAACACAAGGCCCUUUUUAACCCAUCGAUUCCUUGUUAGAAAUAGUAAUGGUCCGGUGGGAUUGUACAAGUAAUGUUCUGCCUGAUCUCAGAAGUGGUCGUUGUGUCGGGUCUGUCCUUUAAGGCGCAUUGCAGCUUUGCUCAAGGACUCUAGCGAUCAUCUGCAGCAUCCGGAGGAGUCCAGAUCCUACUGGCUGUUUGACCAGAGAUCAAGAGACAUGGAGAAUCUGAGCCUCAUCUCUCCUUAUCUACACUUCUGAGCUGGGUUUGAGCCAGGAGGACCAUGCUCUGUUCAGAGCGUGGCGUGGUGGAGGAAUGGCUCUCAGAGUUUAAGACGUUACCUGACGAUCAAAUCCGCAGCUAUUCUGGCAGCCUGCGUCUGAAGAAAGCUCUGGUACCUGCUCUCUACGCUGUUAUUCAGGAGCAGCCCAGCAGUGAGCUGCUGGCUCCGGUGUGUCAUCAGUUGUUUGAGUUGUACCGGAGCUCAGAGGAGGGUUUGCGUCGGUUUACUCUGCAGUUCCUGCCUGAGCUCAUCUUGGUGUACUUGUAUCAUUCAGCCAGCAGAGAGCGCUACCGCAAUGGCUGUGUGGAAGCCCUGCUACUGGGGAUCUAUAACCUGGAGAUUGUGGACAGUAAAGGAAAUGGAAACCUGCUGUCAUUCACCAUACCGUCUCUCUCCAAGCCUUCAAUAUACCAUGAGCCGUCCAGCCUGGGCUCCAUGGCGCUAACUGAGGGAGCCCUGAACCAGCACGACCUCAUCCGGGUGGUGUACAGCGGUCUGCUAUCUCAGAGAGAGACAUUUACCUCCCAGAACAGGUUUGAGGUGCUGUCUUUUCUAAUGCUCUGCUACAACUCAGCCGUGGUCUUUAUGCCUGCGUCCUCCCACCAAUCGGUUUGCAGAAUGAGCACACGGCUGUGUGUGAGCGGUUACCCGCGGCAGCAGCAAAAGUCGUGGAAGGAGCCGUGUAACCGGGUGCGAUUGGAGCCAGAGUUUAUGGUGCAGAUGCUGACUGCUGUUUACCACGCCAUUUAUAAUGGGCAGUGGGAAUUGGGGAGGGAAGCUUUGGAUGACAUCCUCUACCGAGCACAGCUAGACCUCCAUGCACAGCCAUUACUGGUGGCAAAUGCAAUUAGUCGCUCACUUCCGUCCCGUCCUCCAGAGGGCUCGCAUAACCUUCUGGAGGUGGAAGUAACACCUGCCGGGAGAUGUGUCUCACAAGCAGCGGUCACUACCGCCUCCAUUCGCCGCCUCCGUUGGAAACAAGAGGAUUGUUUUGAUUUCUCAACCACGGCCGAAUUCUACGCCUCCAUCACCCCCAGCCGAAACACCCCACUGGAGAGACCAGACAAUCCUGUGGCACACGGGCGGAUAAAGUGCACCAUUCACCUAACCUUACAAGGGGAUGCUGACGGCAUGAGCUGUGGAGAGGACUCUUUUGACCCAGAUGAAGGGUUUUCCUCUGGGGCUUCCAGCAGCAGCCAGCCCAGCAGCGUGAAACGUGACUGGGUGAUAACGGGCAUUCGACCUUCCCGAGAUCCGGGAGCCAGGCAGAGGGAAAGCACGUCGGCCGACACCAGAGCCGCCCUCCGAAGCCUUCACCAACGGCACCAGUCCCCUCCCCCUGCUGUCAGCCUCCAUACCACAGGACCCAGUCCCAGUGCUCCCAGACGCUUUCUGGAUCCGCAUUACAUUCCUCCCUUUGCUGGUGUGCCGCCUAAAACCAGCAGCACGUCUUCUAGCAAGUCUCUUGACUGUACCGGCCUAAACGGCUCAUCGGGACCUACAGAUAGCCUAUCGCUGGGAAGCCUCAGUGCAGACAGGGCACACUAUCUGUCAGCAAGCAGCUUACAAGAGGAACGUAUAGGGCGAACGACUCGGAGCCAGGAUCUCCUCUCCCCCGGGAGUCCGUUCUCCUCUGGAAGCCCAUUGUCCAAACAGUCACGAUCACCCAGUUUUAAUAUGCAGAUUAUAUCACAGGUGUAGAACAAUUGUGUGUGCAUGAGAAUACGAAAGCUUAUUUCUGCCGUGGAAUAAUAAAAUUAAAAAAGGUAAUUGCGACCUUUUUAUCUCACAAGUCUAAGUCUCACAAUUCAGACUUUUAAAAAAACAUAUAUAUAUAUAUAUAUAUAUAUAUAUAUGUAUAUAUAUGUAUGUAUGUAUGUAUGUAUGUAUGUAUAAACUCAUUUAUAAGAGAUAAUUUAUAACCUCACAAUUCUAAGGAAAUAAUGUAAGAAUUGCAAGAUGUUAACUUUAUUCUUUUUAUUUCAUAAUGGAAACAAACCAAAAAAAAUAAAAAAUAAAAAAAUAGAAUUGCAAGAUAUAAACUCAGGAUUUUGAAAAAAAAAAAAUAAAUAAUAAUUUUUAUGAUAUAAAGAAGGUAAGUCAAAAUUGUGAGAUAAACUGCAAGAAACUGCAACUGCAAGAAAAAGGUUUCAAUUGUGAGUUGCAAUUAACUUUUUUUUUUAAAUAAAAUUGCAAUUGUAAGAAAGUCUUAAUUAUUUUAUUUUUUAUUACAUGGAAGAAAAAAAAUCGCAAGACGUAAACUCAGAAUUAUUAGUAAAAGUCAGAAAUGUGUGAUAUUUGAGAUAAAAAGAUGCAAUUACUUUUUUUUUUAAUUUGUGGCAGAAACCAACUUCCAUAUGAGUAAGUGAAAGUGAGAGAGAGAAGCAAAAGCUUAUACACUUUUAUUUGAUCACUUCAUUAUGCACUUGGGUUCGGUGUGGAGGAAAAACUUUUUUUUGCACAAUGGACACAUUCAAGUGCACAUGAUUUGGACUGUUUUAAAUGUGCCAUACAAUCAUACAAUAACAACAUGGUGUUACUUAAGAGGAACAUACAUUACUGUAACAAAGCAAUGAACUUCAAAAACUGACAAUCAUGGUCAAUGCAUCAAGAAAGGCCUGAUAGUGCAUGAUCCAAAGAGUUUUAUCCAGCCCAGCUGUACUGUAGGUCAUCCUCAAGAAAUCCUCUUCUACGUCUUCGUUUCGGUUUGUGCUGAUUGAGCCCACUUACUGUUGCCUGUGCUCUUCACCCACUUUAGAAAGUAAAUUGUGUGGACUGCCUCAAUGAAACGCUAUGUCGUGAAAAAAAAGAAAAAGAAAAAAAACAUGUAUGUUGUACUUUGGAAUAAGUUUAUAUUUUAAAUUGUGUAUAUUUGUGUAAAUGAUUAUUGUACUAUAGAAAGAGUAUAUGCUAACAGAAUCUAUAUUGCUUGUACAGAGAUAGGAAGCUAUCUGCUGAAUGGUGAAUAAAUGUGCUGUUCAUGGGA